ACCAAGAGAAGAAGAAGAAGAGUGAGCCAGAUAGCAGCAGGCUAACGUGAAGCUAAGCUAACGUGAAGCUACCGUGAUGUCUACAGUCUCUAAAGUGGUUCUGGGAGUUUCUGUGGGUCUGACUCUGAGCACCGUGGCUGCUGUUCACCUGAACCAGACCUGGGACCGAGAGCGCCUCCACGAGGGAGUCGUCCGGGAUCUGGAGCGCCAAGACAGGAGGAAGGACAACCUGAGACUGCUGGAGGAGCAGAGGAGUCUGACUGCACAGCUGCAGGAGGAGCAGAGGAGGAGCAGAGGAGUCUGACUGCACAGCUGCAGGAGGAGCAGAGGAGGAGCAGAGGAGGAGCACUGAGACAGGUGACUGGAUGUUAGAUACAGGCUGUUGAACCUGCAGUCUCAGGUGCAAUCAUCUUUAAUUACUGAACUCAUAUGCACUUCAUCAUUUUUGUAUGCACUUUAUAACGUUUAACGCAGGGCUCUCCAACACGUCGACCGUGAGCUACCGGUAGCUCGCCGCUCGAUUAUCGAUUAUAGCGUAGUAAGGUUGCUUCUUGGACGGCUGGACAAUAACGUUUUUU